UAGUACUGGUUUCCUUUAAUUUUUUAUUUUAUUCUUUUAUUUUUUAACCUAGAUACGUUCUAGACUAGACUCCAGAGUACCUUGAAUCAAAAUCCGCAUUAAGUGUUUCUGUCCCGAAAUAGAUCAAAUUCAUACUGAAAACCCCAGGUUUUGAACAUUAGAAUCCAUUUCUCUUCGUUUUCAAUUUAAUCACAUAAAUCUACAUAUUUUCUCUUCGUUUUUAAUUGCUUGAUUCCGAUGGGGGAGUGGAAAAUUGAAGAAAUGACACUUCCCGCCUUGUUCGAAAAAGCGCGGAAAAUUUACUCCAUGGAUUGUGAUUCAGCAACAAAUCAGGAAAUUAUAAAAAGAGGGUGUGAAGCUCUGGAAACGUGUGAUGAGAUGAUUAAUAAACUUGGGUUAUUCUCCGCAAAUGAAACCAAAGAAGAUGUCAGCACUAGUAAUCUCAAAUAUUUGUUGGUGCCAUUUUAUCUUGUGGAGUUGACGGAGAGGCUUUCUAAUCGCGACAGGCUAGAAAUUGUGAAAACAUCUCAGGCUAAAUUGAAGAAAUUUAUUACAUUUUGUGAGGCAAUGGAGCUUGUCCCUGAAGAGGAAUUACAGAUAUCAGCAGAAGAAGCAUCAGAUACACCUGCAGCUAUAAGGGCCAAAAAGAUUGGGAGAUUUAGACGCCAGAGAGCUGCGGAGAUGAAGCUGCAGGAAAUAAAAGAACGUAAGGAGCGGCGGGAAAGGUCUCUCAGAGCAUCAGCUCUAUCCACUCCAGUAGAGGCUGGAGAGGAAGAUGCACUGGAUGAUGAUGGGGAGGAAGAACGUGAGGCAUGGCUUACCACCAUCUCACUGUCUAUCUGUAAGGCCUUUGAUCUGUUGGAAAUGCUGAAGAAAGAAGAAGAAAUGCUUUCCGCUGUGAGGGAAAAGCAGUUACAGAAUGGGGACGGCGAGAUAACUCGUGAGAUUCUUGAUGAACGCAUCGAAAUGGCAGAAUUGUGGCACCGCAAUGCAGCCACUCGGAUGAAGUCUACAAGACCAGUGCAGCCAAUAACUUGUGCAACAUUUGCCCAAGACGUCGUAGAAGGGAGAGCAAAGGUCUCUGAGGCACAUGACCAUAAACACCAGCCGCUAAUAUUUGGGCCACAGAGUCUUACGGGUGGAAGAUUCACAAGUGAGAGAGAAAGGCUUGCUGCCCAAGUUUUCCAACCUGGCCACAGGUUACCAACCAUGAGCAUAGAGGAAGCUGGAUUGAAAGAAAUGGAGAUGAUGAACAAGUGGCAAGAGAUGAAUCUAAAAUUGUACGAGGAAGCCACUACAUCAUGGCAUACUGAAAGGCCAAAACCUGGAGCACCCACUGAUGAGGAUGAAGAAGAAGAUGAGGAAGCGUCUCACCAGAAAGCAGUUGCUUGGGAUGACUGGAAAGAUGAAAAUCCUCGUGGAGCGGGCAACAAGAAACUAACUCCUUGUGGGUAAACCAUUGAAGGUACACAACUUCGUAGGCCCUUGAUGUAUUCUUGCAAACCCAGUUACAGGAUGUUCCUUCCUGCUGCAGAUUCUUAUUAGAUCCAUCUAAUGUUGUUGGUUUCCAUCUGAACACGUUUAUUUAUAAUUUUGAAAUUUAAUUUUAAAUGUAUGAUGAAAUAAAUAUUCUCCUCCUAGUUAGCAAAAAGAAAUUAAAUGACAUGUAGAUAUUCCAGAUUGUCUUUUUAUUUUGACACCUGAAAGGAGUUUGGCUCUGCAGAUGUAAUGAAAUAGCCACUAAUCCUUCUUUAUGUGCUAAUUUUUUUUUUUU